AUGCCCCCGGGAGGCCCGGCUUGUAUAACAUGCCGUGAAAAGUGUCGCAAAUGCGACCGGACAAAACCCGUUUGCCAAAGAUGCAUCAGCAAAGGCCUUGAGUGCAAAGGAUAUCCGGACAAGUUCCGUUUUGCAGGGCUAGCAACCCGGGGGAAGUGGAAGAAUAGGGCGGUCCCUGCUGUGAACCGUAAUGAUUCCGUUCCAACUCAACCGGGCAGCGAAACCGAUCAUCUACAUUCCAACCAUGAAGAGUUUGAUCAACAGCAGCGAGAUGGUUUGGCCUCGCACGUAGAUCGGAGUAUUGAACCACUGCCAAGUCUCGACCAUUUCUGGCCACAGCCAGAAGGGCGAGUCGCCGAGUUGGAUGAUUUAUUAAUGCUAGAACGGACGGAACAGUUAUUGACACAUUAUGACCAGGUCAUAUGUCCACAUCAAAUCGCACUUCCAGCUGCCGGCGCGGACAACCCAUAUCAAGUUUAUGUUCUGCCACUAGCAUACGAGCAAAUAGGUCUGCUGUAUGCAGUUCUAGGUCUUACUGCAUGCCACAUGGGAAUAAACAAGGAAGAUGAAUAUUUACGAGAAACUCUGGCCGUUGAAUAUCGAGUCAGAGCUAUACGCUGGCUUGGAGAAACUCUACGAAACGGGAUAUCUGGCGAGCUGGAUGAAAAUGAACGCGAUGGAAUUUUUGUUACUAUUCAGAUACUGUUACUCCAGGAUAUUUUCGAAUCCGGCAUCUCCACCCACGGAGUUCAUAUUACAGGUGCCCUAUCGAUUUGCAACCAGCUGCGCUUGUGUGAUACCCUGUCCAGAGAGGAUAAAAGAACAAUAUUUUUCUUGGGAAAUCUCGCAUGGCUGGACAUCAUCCGUUCUCUCGCAGAUCCACAACGACUAUGCUUCUCCCCCGAGCUUCGUGAAGCUGUAGCCACUUUAAGCGACUUGAAAUUCGAGCGGGUCAAUGGCUGUCCGCGUGAUAUGUUCCUGAUAAUGGGCAACGUCAUAGAGCAUGCGAAAGCUCAUGCGAUGGGCAAGAUAGAAACUCCAGAAUACGAGCGACUCCUCAACGCCUACCGGUAUGAGCUCUACUCAUGGCGUUUAAAAACCGACAGAUAUCCAAACGAUGAUCCCCGCUGGCCUGCAGUUGCCGAGGCAUUCCGUCACGCAUGCAUACUACAUACAUCUCGCCUGUUGGAUGAGACCCAACCCGCUGAAGCACCAAUGAUACAAAAUUCGGUGACCGCCAUCUUGGACUCGCUAGCGGAAAUCCCAGCCGAGUGUCGUCUGAUCGAGUUGGUGGUCAUGCCACUCUUUAUGGCUGGGGCUGAUGCUUUGUCCCCGUACGCUCGGCAUUAUGUCCUUCUGCGAUUCGACCAUAUUCGGGCUCAUGGUGGUGUGGGUAACCAUGUGUCGAUUUCCUUGCUCAAAUCCGUUUGGGAUGGUCGAGGCAGACAGGCGAAACAUGACAACAGCAAUAUUCCAUGGUGGCGGUUUGCUCGCGACUCGGGAUCGCAGCAACAGCAUGACUAUCUUAUUAUAUAA